GAGUGUGUAAUGUUUCGGUGACAUGACACUUACUUAGACUCCGCACAGCGACACAAGUCCUCUCUGGCUCCCCUCCCCUCCCUCGGACCCGGGCGCAGCAGCAUCGAUCCCCAACUAUCUUCUAUAUGGUAGCGAGCCUGCCCCCCUGCCUGUUGUAUCCAACAGUGCAGCAGCAGUACUAAUCUCUCGACGGGGGAGCUCCCCUCCUCUCCCUCCGGCGUUGUAGGCUGUAGCAUCCGUCCGCCAGUCGCCAGUCGCCAGUCGCCCAUCGCCCUUUGCCCUCUCCCUCCCUCCUCUCCCUCACUCACCCCCUCGAUCGCUCCUUCCCAUGUCGUCGGAGAUUUCGGAGCCGGUCGACCCGAACCAUGGGGCUGGUUGGCUGGCUGGGUGGCUGCCAAGGCCUCGACGAUGCGUUACGAGGCAGUUGGGGCUGGGGGCUGUGUGCUCUUGUCUGCACUGCAAGGAAUUCGCAGUCGCGGGGCGCGGGGGCGGAUUCCAUUCCAUUCGGAGCUGCCAAUCGUGCUGGCUUUUCCUCGCUGGGUGAAAGAGCGGGACGCGAGUUCCGAGAUUUUUACCUCGCGUCCGCAAAGGUUCCAAAUUCCUCUAGAGUCGGACCUGACCUGAUCCUGACCUGCUCUUGCCAUUCGCAUCUGGCACAGUAGCCCCGUAAGACCUCGGAUCUCGGAGGUGGGUGGCCGACCUCUACUUGCACAUUUGGUUUGACGCUGCACCGUACCCUGUUAUAGAUCCAUGGCCAGUAGAUACGUUCGCCCCGCAAGACCUGCAGCUGAAUUCUGGAGAUGUGUCUUUUGGCCAUAUCCUCCGAUUCCGGGAUUGCGCUAUCUCGUGUGAAAAGUGGGAUGGAGAUCCGAGAACAUUCAUCAUGGAAUCUGUCUCCAGCACAGCAUUGCGAAUGAGCUUGGAUCUCAAUCCCACUUCUCGCAUUAGAUAGUGGGUCCAUGUAGGAUUCCCUCGAAGUUUCUUGACAGAUGAACAAUUCAGAAGAAUUGGCACCAGUCGGCACCAGUGCUUCAUUUCUCUGAAUGACUAGCUUCGCUCAGAGCGGACACUGUGGGCAACGCUCCGCUCCGGGCGCAUUGAUCAAAUUGUGGCACUGGCACUGCGAUGGCGCACUGCCCUCGCCGGUCCUAGAGCGGAACGCGAUGUCGAGCAGCGGCGUCUCACCGUGAGCUGGUGGCUUGGAUUUGCUUCCCACCCUUUGGGACGUCCCGCACCUCUGUUGUGUCGAUGCGGAAUCGUUCGCGCCUGCGCCUGAUGAGGUGCUUGCCUUGCGUCGCACUACCACCCGAGACGGGAAUCUGCGCGCUGCCACGGCAACACUCCACCACCACCUCCUCAACACCACCUCCACUCAAUGUCGGAUCAUAUGGGGGCCGAGCCGCGCACUUUACCCCGCCUGGCCACCCAUUUGCUCCACGAUGAUGAUGAUGAUGAUGACGGUGUAGAUGGCUCUCCGAGAGUGCGUGGGUUUGCCAUUCGUGUUCUGAAAUCUGCACCACCUCCAGGCUAGCCCCGACAGCCGACCUACACACUCAGCGUCGGAUGAUCGGGCUUGUCAGACGGCGCCGUGGAGUCUGCCUCCACGGGCUGCCAGUGUGCCUGGCCUCGCUCCGGGCUCCUGCUCAGACUGCGCAAUUUCUGUGAAGUGCAGUGCAGUGCAGUAUCCUCUCGAUGUAAUCUGCGAUUCAUGCUGAUCCGAUCCACCCCGACUGGACCAUCGCGAUCGGGCAAUGUUGACGUGAGCACAUGCACUGGGAGGAGUCUUGAUUCGACGACGUCAUGUCUUUGGACUCUGGAAGUGCUGAUCCACUUCGUGAAAGCUAGGAGCCACACCUGAAUGUUCUGAUCUGUGAAGACGGUGUGAACCCACGCACAGCAGGAGUGGUACCCGCGACCCGAGCUCUGUUUCAUUUUAUUAGUAGUUAUCAUAAUCUGUGACUUGAAUUACUGAGCAAUCCGCCGCUUGCUGCUCACUUAGCUCACCAGUACAUGAGUGUUGGGCGAGAUUGGGCUUGCCUUGUUCAGAGUGAGGUGGCCGAAUUCCCCAUCGUCUCGAAGCCGAGGACUGGAAGUGAGACACCAGCUCUUUACUUUGUGACGACCUUGAUCCAUGUGGGGGCUCGUGCACAGGAGGAUAAGAUUGUGUCUCCCGACGAGAUAAGAUUUUGAAUCUCAGAGGAUCAGUAGCAUCGGAGGCUUGGGUUCCCAGGUAAAGAUGACCAGCAAAGACGUGGACAUGGGCGAGAACGACAUUUAUGACGUGGAUUAUGAUGAAUUGGCUUUAGGUCCCAGCAAGAGAAGACGAAGGGGCUCGGGCAGUUUUAAUCUCAGUUUCACUACCUGCGCCACGACGACGACCACGGAACCGGAGGACGUCUUGCAAUGUCCUUCCCCCGGAUGUUGCCCUUGCAAUUCAGACUCUGUGAUGGGCGACAAAUCUUCCAAAUCAACGUGUACCUUGCGAUUCCAGUGUCGGGUACCCGGUGUCAAGUUACGAGAUCCUCAGGGUUCCAUGGACAAGUCCAUUGGAAGAGCCCUCUCCUUGUGCCAUAGAUACGGAGCAGAAAUUCAACUAGGAUCUGCAUAUGGUGAGAGAACCUCGAUCAUGGGAUUUCCAGCUGCCGUCGAUCGGGAUAAAUACAAGAAAUGGAUAUGCAAGAAUGAUUCAUACGAAUUUCGGACUUCAAAGUACCAUUCCAAUUCAAGAAGUAUAACUUUUUUAGAUCGGCUUCGAGCCGCACAAGCGGCCAGUGCUCAAUGUCCAGAGACAUGAAUCUUAUUUCAGAAACAGGUUUAUAUUAUAUCCUUACUCUAGACUACUGUAAGUGACCGUUCCACACUAUCAAUAUCGUAUUUUGAAAGACCCGUUAGCAGAGGUCGUAAUGGAGAUAGGACAGGUUGUAGUAAUUGGUACAUUUUUGUACAUACUUAGAACAAAGGAAGUACCAGCUUACACAAGCCCACUUUAUGAAUAGCAUAUGUCGUAGGCCUGGGAGCCUAUGCAGAUUCAAUAUAUGGUAUAAAAAUCUGCACUUCACGUUUGCAUGGUAGCUGAAACGCUCGUCAGUCACGGUGUAGCCUUCAUUCUUACCAUCAGUGCUUUCCACGCCAUAAGCUUGUCAUGCAGUUAAACCUUCUCGAAAGGUUUGCGUUUUGUUCACCGCCUGUUGUGCCUAGCGAGUGAAGGUGUCCGGGGAUUCUGUAGUCGCUUCGGGUGUGUCAAAUCUAAGCUUUCGAAUGUAUGAUGCGUUACUCCCGUUUUUGCGGUUUAACACUGUCUGUGCUGCCUGUCUCCUAAAGAAAGACUUGGGGUGUGGACCUUAUGAAUGCGGAUGAGGUUUGUGUUUUGAGCGUAUGCAAUCUUCGAGAAACAUCUGAGUCAUACUUGCUGCUGACGUUUGAAUUCCCACGCUCUUACACCGACUGCUGCUCAUGGUGUCCUGCCCCUCAAGCUCGCAGACGGUGCAAGUGCGACGGAGGAGGUGACGGGUGUCACCUACAUCCCCACUGAGCCUAUGGAGGUCAUCGUUCCUGGUACGGAUAAAAUCUCAUUUACGCUUCCUAAAUGAUCGUGUGCUCUGCUAGGAAUUUCUUUUGUAUGGCAUAUAUCCAGUUCAUGGCCCGGGUGAGAAAUGGCCAUAAUUAAGAGCAUUAAGUGUGCGAUAUUUGUUAGCAUGGGGAGGAACUUUAUUCCAGCUUCGAAACAGAUUUGAAUUCUCCCUUACGUAUUCUGCAGUCCAGGAGAUCUUUUAAAUCUGGUCUGCAGUUGGCGUAAUUAUCUGCCGCCACCGAUUCAAUGCGUACGACUCGCUCCAGGCUCUUAGCGUGAUAUACUUGCCUUCACUAGUGUUGCCGUCACCGAUGAAUCCCAUGGAUCCAUUUUCCUUUUAGUAGUCUGUACGGAUGUUGAUCUGGUGCAUAUCCUGAUCAUUACCGAAGAAAGUUGCACUGUACCCUGAUGUUCCAGCGGCACCAGCUUUUAAUCGGAGAUGGUGCUAUGGCCACCCGGAUUCAAGAUCAGGUAGACUUCACCUGUGCAGUCUUUUGAGUCCUUCUCGAUGAUCGCUUUGUAUAGCGUGCAUCAAAAUCAGUAGCAUGAGGCAGAAAUGUACACCUUGAAGUACGGUGUGACAGAUAGCUCGGAGGCUGCAUGGAACUCCCUGUUUUCUCUCUCUCCUUCCCUCCCUCCCUGCAUCCCUAAAGCAAAGCUUUUCUAACAAGCUCAUGUCGUGUACACGAAGAGUUCGCCUUGG